AUGACGCGUGAUGAAGAAUUCUUAUUGUUUCCAGAAGCGUUUAAACGCCGUUAUUCCAACACACAAGAAGAUGCUCAUGAAACUUUAAAUCAUAUAUUAGAUGCCCUUGACGCAGAAGCACGUGUGGGACUUCCAUCCUCAAAUUCUGGUUUUGAUGGUCCAUUAAAUGACUUACGUUUAUUAACACCGGUGGAACAACUGUUUUGUGGAACCCUCAGGAAUGAGAUUCAGUGCACGAUUUGUUCUACAUUGCUCAUAAAUUAUGAACGCUUUCGUGAACUUAAUCUUGGUAUAAAAACGCAGGACUGUACCAGGCGAAUCUGUCUAGAAGAUUUAUUAGACGAUUAUUUUGGCAGCGAAGUUUUAAAUAGUUUUCAUUGCAAAAAGUGUAAAAAAUCAAUACAAGUUGUGCGUACUUCACGCGUUUUGCGUGCACCUAAUUUAUUGAUAAUUCAGCUGAAGCGGUUUAAUUCUUUCGGUGCUAAAAUAAGUAUACCAGUUAAUUUUAAUGUAAUGUAUGUGCUUUUUAUGAUGCAGUUUUUUGUCCUUUCCUUAGCAGUUUCUUGUCAUCUCACCGCACUUGUAAGAUUGAAUAUGGGUCGUUAUGUUCAUAAUGUAAAAGAAUUGCACCUCUAUGAUCUCAGUGGUGUAAUUCAACAUUUGGGCAAUUCAGCCGAUUAUGGACAUUAUAAUGCUGUCGUACGAAGUUUUGAUGGCAGAAGCUUUUAUUUGCUGGAUGAUGAGCAGCGCCACAGAAUUUCUUUAAAUGACUUACACAAUACACAAGCCUACAUUUUGGUCUACAUUCGCUGCAAUGCAUUCAAAUCUCCAGAAGUUUCUAGAAGUAAUGUGAAUGACGCACAAAACGGAACUCCUCCAAAGAAUCGCACGGUUAAACGUGUGUCUUCUUAA